CCUGGCGCGCCGCGGAGACUAAGAGCGAAGGGCUGGUUACAAGAAGCGCGGCGCACCGUCUAUGGCCGCGGUUUACGUCCCGCUCUGGGCGGUCUGCGUGCUGCGGGUGGCGCUGGCCACCGUCUACUUCCAGGAGGAGUUUCUAGACGGAGAGCGCUGGAGGAACCGAUGGGUGCAGUCCACUAAUGACUCCCAAUUUGGGCAUUUUAGGCUCUCGUCGGGGAAAUUUUAUGGCCAUAAAGAGAAAGACAAAGGUCUGCAAACCACUCAAAAUGGCCGAUUCUAUGCCAUUUCUGCACGGUUCAAACCAUUUAGCAAUAAAGGGAAGACGCUGGUCAUUCAGUACACAGUGAAACAUGAGCAGAAGAUGGACUGUGGAGGGGGCUACAUUAAGAUCUUCCCUGCAGACGUGGAUCAGAAGAACCUGAGUGGAAAGUCCCAGUACUAUAUUAUGUUUGGACCUGAUAUUUGUGGAUUUGAUAUCAAGAAAGUUCAUGUCAUUUUACAUUUCAAGAAUCAGUAUCAUUCAAACAAGAAACCUAUCAGGUGUAAGGUUGAUGGCUUUACACACCUCUACACUCUAAUCUUAAGACCAGAUCUCACUUAUGAAGUGAAAAUCGAUGGCCAAGCGAUUGAAUCUGGCAGCAUUGAGUAUGACUGGAACCUGACAUCACUGAAGAAGAUGGAGAAGUCUUUGGCAGAGUCCAAGGACUGGGAGCAGGACGAAGAAGACAAACCUCAGGACUGGGAGAAGCAUUUUCUGGAUGCCAGUGCCAACAAACCAAGCGACUGGAACAGUGAACUGGAUGGGGACUGGCAGGCACCAAUGCUGCAGAAGCCUCCAUACCAGGAUGGCCUGAAACCAGAGGGUAUCGAUAAAGACGUUUGGCUCCAUCAAAAGAUGAAAAACACCAACUAUUUGACGGAAUACGACCUCUCGGAAUUUGAGAACAUUGGUGCCAUCGGGCUGGAGCUUUGGCAGGUGAGAUCUGGAACCAUUUUCGAUAACUUCCUCAUCACAGACAGUGAAGAGUAUGCUGAGAAUUUUGGCAAGGCCACUUGGGGUGAAACCAAGGGCCCAGAAAGGGAGAUGGAUGACAUCCAGGCCAAGGAAGAAGUGAAGAAGGCCCACGAGGAAGAUGAGAAGGAGCUGUUGAUGGGUAAUUUUGACGGGAAGGAAAGUAACUUCAAGAGAUUUCACAGGAGGAAUGAACUUUAGUCACUCUUACCCCAGAACAAGAUGACUGAUAAAACCUUGUUUCUACUUCGAUCUACAUUUAAAAGCUCAAAUGUCAACAUAUGUGAUAAUUUGUCCAAUUUUCUUUGAAAAAUGUUCCAAUGCUUCUUGGUGGUUUCCCUAAGCCCCUGCCCCUUUCCACAAGCCGUUUCCUCUGGAUAAACCUGAGUGCUGGAAGCCAGAGGCCAGUAAGAGACUGGCCAAAAACCUGAUACUCUUUUUUUUAACCCCAGAACGUUUUAUAAGUCAAAUUUGGUAAAACUUAUUUUGAGAAAGAGGAAAUGAUGCCAUAUUUCUUUGGUUUGUAAGUUACUAAGAACAUAUGAGAAAAUUUUCCAAUAUGAAAUCUUUACAUAAUAUCCUUGGCGUGAAAGGGUUUCACAUACUCCGCUGGUAUGCUAAUUGUUUUAGAGGACCCGGGCCUCGUGCACAGACAAUUGAGAUGCCAUAAAGAAGCUGAUGAUCCACUCCUGUGGCCAUUAGUUCUCUGUAAGACAGAGGAAUGAAAUUCAUUCUCUCAAGUGGAAAUAGUGAUUAUUUCUCAGUUUCAUAUUUUUCUUUCAAAUAAAAUAACUUGCUUUUUUUUUUUUUAAAGUCACACAUAGCAGUUUCUGUUUUGAAGAGACUUGUUUUCAUGUAGAAACUUGUGUUGGUAAUCAAAUUUAGGACACUGGGAAUUUUGAAUUUAGUAAUGUUACAA